AUGACGGCAGUACUGGAAGUCACGAAAAUCGACAAACUCGCCAUAUUAGGCAUCCGGUCCUUCGACAAUACCCGUCAGGAAACCAUCGCCUUCCACACCCCUCUCACCCUCAUCGUCGGCUACAAUGGCUCCGGAAAAACGACAAUCAUCGAAUGCCUCAAAUACGCCACAACCGGUGACUUACCUCCCAAUUCCAAAAAUGGCGCCUUUAUUCACGAUCCCAAAAUCUGUGGCGAGAAGGAAGUUAUGGCCCAGGUGAAACUUUCAUUCGUAAAUACCAACGGUGCAAGAAUGGUUUGCACUCGUUCUCUGCAACUCUCUGUGAAGAAGACAGCGAGAACGCAGAAAACACUGGACGGACAGUUACUCAUGAUUAAAGAUAAUCAACGGAGUACUGUUAGUACCAAAUGUGUCGAAUUGGAUAGCAUGUUGCCGAAUUUUUUGGGUGUCAGCAGGAGUAUUCUUGAUAAUGUCAUCUUUUGUCAUCAGGAGGAAAGUAUGUGGCCGCUCAGCGAAGCUUCUGUCCUCAAAAAGAAGUUUGAUGAAAUCUUCGAGGCACAGAAGUAUACCAAGGCCAUCGACAAUAUCAAAACUCUGCGAAAAAAGCAGGCUGAGGAAAUUAAACGACUGAAUCUUUUGCAAGACCAAUUCAAAGUCGACAAAGAGAGGGCAGAAAGGGCAGAGAAAAAAACCAAGCAAAUAUCUUCCGAAAUUGAAAACCUUCGUGAACAGCGUGAAGAACUCAGCCGCGAGAUCUCGAAAAUUCGUGAGGAAAUUGAGGUCCUCUGGCAAACUACCGCCAGUUUUGAAAAGGAUAUUGCAGUCUUGACCACGAAGCGCAGCGACCAUCAGCGUAUAUCGGAGCUCAUCGACGAUCUACAAGAUGACAUUGACCUUCUACCAGACUCCGACGAAGCAUUGGAAGACAGACUUGCGAACUUCAAAGAUGAAAUGGACAAAUUUGAAGCUAAAAUAACAGAUAAAGAGAGGCAUAAGAUAGAGAUUAAGGAAGAACAGGGGCGACUGAGAGUCAAAUUAAACAAAAAGGCCGAUCAAAAGGGUACUCUUCAAGCAAGGAAGGAGCACUACGAGGAUCAACUCAUGAAUCGUGAGAAUAUGAUCAAAGAAGCCAGUGCCCUCCAUGAAAUCCGUGGUUUCAGCGCGGGUGACCUCGAUGACCGUCAAGUCGCAGACUUCAUGAGAAAGCUAGAGCAACUGACUCGUGAGCAAUCCGGGACCUAUGAGCGCGCAAAGAGAGAGGGCAAAGAAGAACAACUGCAAGCCUCCAACGCCCUAAACACCUUAAACCAGAAGCUUCUCUCCCUUGAGCAAACCAAACGCUUCGCCACCACCGAAAUCGACCGUCUCAACUCAGAGCUCCGCGCCCUCCAAAAGGGCCUCGACCGCCUACAAGUCGACGAGGGCCGAAUCACCCGUCUGGAAAUCGAAGUUAGCGAUGGAAACUCCAAAGUCUCGGAAAUGAACACACUCUACGAACACCAGCAAUGGGACAAACAAAUCCAAACGAAAGAUUCAGAAAUACGAGAAGUAGAAGCUAGCAUCGCCCGUGAAACGAAGGAGUUGACCAAGGGAACUGCGGAGGCAGACUCGAAAGCCAAACUUUCGAUUCUACAAAAGGAAGUAGAAACGAAGACAACGGCACAGGAAGCUCUUAUUCUUACGAAUACGGAUAAAUUCGAUCGUUUACUUUCGAAAUGGACAAUUGAAACUUUGGACGAUGAUUAUCACGAAACCCUCGAAGAGCGCGAAGAUGAAGUCUCAAAGGCUGAAAAACUACUUGCGUCUAGUAACGCGGAGCUUACACAGGCCGAGUCCCAAUUGAAAACCCAGCGGGAUCUACUUAGACAGAAGACGCAAGAAUUUGAGCGUGCGAGCGGUCUUGUUGCAAGGGCGAUGGAUAGAGCUUCUUUCGAAGAAUGCAUCGAUUUUCCAGCCUACAUCAAAAACAAAGAGGAAGACCUCGAAAACGCCCAGCGUGAUCGAGCGAUGGUUGAACAAAUCCGCAGCUUCUACGACAAGGCCUUAAAAAUGGCGAGGGAGAAACAGUGCUGCAGGAUGUGUAAACGUUCAUACGCUGAUCAAGAGAGUCUCGACGAGUUUAUGGCUCGGCUGGAAAAGGAUCUCCAGAAACAGAAAAUCGAUCUAAUCGAUGCGGAGAUUGCGAACUGCUCUGAGGACUUGAAAAUUUUGAACAGUGUGAGGUUGGAAUUUGAUAUUGCGUCGCGGUUGAAGGACCACGAUGUUCCACUUCUAAACAACGAAUUGGGGAGACUAGAGAAGAAGCAUGAGACUUUACUCGCUAGUUAUGAAACGCGCAAAAAAGAAGUCGAAACCAAAAAGGUCGUCAGGAGUGAGAUCCUCUCCCUCCGAAACCCUGUCUCCGAAAUACAAAAUUACGCGAAGGACAUCCGCGAGAACCAACUACAAAUCACGAGCCUGACAAAACGUCUGGAAGCAAUGGGAUCCUCUCGCUCAGUAGCCGACAUCCAAAAAGCACUCCAAAGUCUUAACUCACAGGCGGGAGAAUUAAAGCAAAAGAGGGACGCAUUAUGGAGUGACAAAGAAGCCGCAAGGACAGAACUUGCGGUUGCGGAACGGCAAGUGCAGGAGGUUACUAAUCAAUUGAUUUCCGCGCGACAUGAGCUUGAAAAGAAACAGACCCAAGCCAAACGAUUGGCCGACUGUAAGGAAUCUAUCGGGCAGAGGGAAGGGCAUAUCAGAGAUGCCGAGGAGGAAGCGAGGGGUGUCCAACCGCAGAUUAUCAAAGCCAAGGCACGAGAAGCGGAGGUCAGGAUGAAAUGGGAAGAAAAUGAACAGACCUUAAAACGGAUAGCAGAUAAAUCUUCAGACACGCUAAGGGGAUUGCACGCAAUUCAACGCGGGAUAGUGCAAUAUGAAAGCGGGGAUACUGUCGAGACGCUUGAGAAUUUGGUGAGGGAGAGUAGAGAGCUUGAAGGGCGUAUUCUAGGACUAGAUGAGCGACUUGUUGUUUCUGAGAGAGAAUUGGUGGAACUGAGAGCUCAGAGGGGACAGGCAGAUGGGUUCAAGAGGAGCAUUACAGAUAACAUUAGGCUUAGGAAGAAUAAGAGAGAGCUUGGGGGACUAGAAGGGGAGAUCAGAGAGCUUGAGGCGAAGAAUGCAGAGCAGCAGAGGGAUCGGUUCAAGAUGGACGUGGAGAAGUUGCAGAGACGGCACGAUGGGUUGGUUAUGGACAGAACCGGCAAAGGCGCUACGAUCAAAUCGCUAGACACACAAUUAACGGAAAUCCUAAAGGAGUAUGAAAUCGACUUUAAGGAUGCCAAGAAGAAUUUCCAUGAAGGUCAGAUUAGGUUGCAGACUACCACUGUUGCAAACGAGGAUUUGGGAACUUAUCAGAUGGCGUUGGAUAAGGCGGUGAUGAAGUAUCAUUCACUGAAAAUGGAGGAAGUGAAUCGUAUCAUCGAUGAUCUAUGGAAGAAGACAUAUAAAGGAACAGAUGUCGAUACGAUCCUUAUACGUUCUGAACAAGAAAAUGCGAAGGGAAAUCGACUCUACAAUUACAGAGUCUGCAUGUUAAAGCAAGAUGCCGAACUCGACAUGCGUGGGCGCUGUAGCGCAGGUCAAAAGGUGUUAGCCAGUAUAAUCAUCCGUCUAGCUCUCGCCGAAUGCUUCGGUACCAACUGUGGACUGAUCGCGCUCGACGAGCCGACCACAAACCUCGACCGCGAUAAUUCAAGAGCUUUAGCUCAGAGUUUGCACGAUAUCAUCAAUUAUCGCCAAGCACAGAAGAACUUCCAGUUAAUUGUUAUUACACACGAUGAAGACUUUUUGAGAGAUAUGAAGUGUAACCAGUUUACGGAGUAUUAUUAUCGGGUGUCGAGGAAUGAAAGGCAGAAGAGCCAGAUUCAUCGGCAGAGUAUUGCUGAGGGAGUUGUUGGUGGAACGUUGGACGAUGAAUAA